GCACGGAGUUCAUGCUCGUUUGCACCCUGUACAUACUCAUAGGUCUGGCGCUGACCUCCACCAUCAUAGAGCUGGUCAGGCGCCAGUACGCCGAGAGCUGGCAGCAAAUGAAGGAGUUCAGUGGCAAGCUCGGGGAGCUCUCGGGGCCCCUGGCGGAGCACCUGCGCAGGAUCGGCGAGCAGGCGGGGGACCUCAACAUGGACGUCCAUUUGCUGAAGGAUCUCAAGGACCUCAAGACCGUGAUCACGCUGAGCAAGCUGGAGGCCCUCACGCGAAUGGACCCCAAGCUGCGGAACGACGCCCGCCUCGCCGAGCUCCUGAAGAGCCACCUGGGCGCGGAGGAGGGCGCGGGCUUCCUGGGCGACGUGGCGGAGGCGCUGCAGACCAACGGCGCCAAGAGGAAGGUCAUACAGGUCGUCAUCUACGAGAGCUCCGUGUGACCUGCGGGAGACGAAGGCCCCGGGACGCGAAGGCGCCGCGGGGAAGGAGCGCGACUUGGACGGGCAACUCGACCUCAGAGUUGGAGGGAAUUUAUUUGUCAAAAUGUUUAGAAAAUAUCUGCUGUGCAGAUUGCUUUAUUUUAAUCUAAGG